CCGUCGCUUCGUUUGUUUGUUUCUUGACAGCAGCAAGAUUGAUAAGAUUUAGUUAACGUCUUUUUUUGUUGUCUUUUUGUUGCAACCAUAUCAGUAUUGUUGUGGGACAUUUAUUUUGUGUGGUGUCACGUUCGCUGUCAAGGGAGACGAUGACCUCCGUGAACUUACGUCAGCAAAAGCUGGAACAGCAGCGCCAAAUAAUGGAGCAGAAAAUGCGUAUGAAACGACAAACCCCAGGAAUGGUUCAAGCCUCUGAUACCAGAACUGCAUCAGCCAAGUCAAGAGCCCUUCAUAGAGAGUUGCAUGGAUAUGACGGUCCACUUCAAUUUACGAUGUCCCCUGGCAACCCAGAUGGUGUGACGGAUCUACGUUCAGUUAGUGUUGAGAGUGAUGAUGAUGUUGGAGACAUCUGUGAAGUUCAGCGAAUAGAUCAAGAAGAACUGGAGGAUGAAGAAUCAACGCCAGUGGCUCCACCUACACCAGAUGCUCAUCUUGAGAGCACUGUUGUGCCGUACUCAGAUACUCAGAAUGUCAUUACCAAUCAAAGUAAUCCAGAGGUAGAAGGUGAUGUUGUGGGCAGCCUUGAGACCUUUGUCAUGGAACCUGCAUGCCAGCGUAUGCACUACAAAUGUCGUAUUACUCGUGACCGCAAGGGUAUGGAUCGCGGGCUAUACCCGACUUAUUUCCUGCAUCUUGAGCGUGACUAUGGAAAAAAGGUGUUUCUUUUAGCAGGCCGCAAGAGGAAGAAGAGCACAACGAGCAAUUACCUCAUUUCCACUGACCCUACUGAUUUGUCACGCGGGGGAGAGGCCUUUGUCGGGAAAUUAAGAUCCAAUUUGUUGGGAACACAUUUCACGGUGUAUGACAAUGGGCGUGCUCCAGGAAGCCGAUCCGAUGCCAAAGAGGAAAGGACCACCCCGAGACAAGAACUUGCCGCAGUGAUUUACGAAACAAAUGUGUUGGGCUUUAAGGGUCCUCGUAAAAUGACAGUAAUUCUACCUGGUAUGACUCAGGAGCAACAAAGAGUCCAAAUUUGUCCCCAAGAUGAAAGUGAGACAUUACUGGAGUGUUACAAGAACAAAAAUAUGGACAACCUUAUUGAGCUGCACAAUAAGACCCCUGUUUGGAAUGAUGAUACCCAGUCUUAUGUUCUUAAUUUCCAUGGCAGAGUCACUCAAGCAUCUGUGAAAAACUUUCAAAUAGUACAUGAUAGUGAUGUCGAGUAUGUCGUAAUGCAGUUUGGGCGUGUUGCUGAAGAUGUGUUCACCAUGGAUUAUCGUUAUCCCAUGUGUGCUCUCCAAGCAUUUGCUAUUGCACUUAGCAGUUUUGAUAGCAAGUUGGCAUGCGAGUGAGGCUUAUUGAAUCCGUCCUUUGUUAUCAAGACAAUCAAAAUAACGCUCACUGGUGUGUCUUACAUGAAAUAUUUUGUGGCCUUGCUUGAAUUUAUUUAAUUUUAUUUAUUUAUGUUUAAGUCAUGGGUACUGUGUUGAAAGCACUGUCAAAUUUUCACACGUGUGCAUUGUUAGAUAAAGCAAGUUCCUGACUCUACUGGGACUGCUUUGAUGUUUCAUAUCACAAUCUAAUGUGGGCCACCUGUUAUCCUAUUGUUGUUCACGAGUGAGUUUUAUCCUCCAGUGUGUUUUCUCAGCCUUAGAGAUAUCAUUAUUUUUAAAUUAUGAAGCUGCUUUAAUUGACUGAUUUUUAAAAGUCCUAUGUUUAUUGUAAUUUUAUGAAUUUUUAUCAAACACCAUGGAUGUUGCAUUCCAGUUUUCUUUCUACAUGGUUGUGUACUGCACAGAAUUGUUCUCAUUCAGGCUUAAUUUUUGCUUUACUGAUCUUGAGUUUGUCAGGAUAGGAUCACAGACUGACACCUGAACAUCUAGGACGUAUUUAUUUUUGUUUUACUUAUGAACACAUCACAAAUCUUGUCUUAAGUAGGUUGUACUUUCCAUGAAAACAGUACCAAGUGAGAUGAAGAAAGAAAGCUUACCCUCUUUGUUGUGGCCUGCUGAAAUUAACUUGUGACUUGUGUCUCCUGCCAUGAUUGUAGUACACAAGAUGUGGUCAUGAUCUUUGUUAAUCUCCAUCUUUGUAUUGUUUCAUGUGAUGUUCCUUGUGCCUUUGUAAUCUGAGAUCUCUUCAAUUUCAAAUGACUGUAUUUGCAGGUAAUCAUUUUUUAAAAGAAUGAUGUAACUAACAAUUAUUGUUUCAGAUGAACUGCCCAUCGAUUUUCUAGUCCUUUGCUAUUUUUUUAGCAUUAGUAGCUUAAGUAAAUAUUUUAAUUUUAGGUAGAAUUACUGCGUUAGCACUUUUUAAGGUGCUGUGCAGCCAUGUCACUCUUGUCAUAAUCUACUUUCCCAAUGCCAUGCUUCAACACAUGUUCUUGUGUUUUUCAAGAGGCUACACACUUGUGUUGUAGAGUUUUUAAAAUUUUAGUUUCACCAUCUGAAUCCAUUCAAGUGUAAAAAUAUUCUUAAUAUCUGUUUUAUAAAAUUUAUUUUCUCUGUAUGAAUUCUAGAAGAUAGUUGAAACGAGGAUAUUGCAUGUUUGUGUGUUAGUAUAGUUCUUCCGGGCCAUGCAAUGUGCCACUUGUUGAGUUUUCAUCCUCAAUAUUGUGAAUCAACUUUUAGUCCUCUGUUAGGACUGUGUGUCAUGUGAUUGAAUCUUUUCAGGGUUUUUCUUUUUUGGUAAACUGAAUUGGCCUACAUAGAACGAAAGAGACUGGCUUUCGUUGAAAGGGUUCUAUUGCCCUCUUUAUAAAUUUAAAUUCAAUCAAAUGUCUGUGUGACAGUGUAUUUGAUUAUUUUUUUUAAGGUAGCUGAUAAUAGUGGUUGUGUCUCAAUCAAACUAUAUUCUUCUGAAUUUCCCUUCUAGGAUUGUACUUAGGGACGUUUUUCUAAUCAAAUUUUUGCAAUUCAAUCACUUGUGUGUUAAUAGUCCAUGCUUUUAAUGGAAAUCUAUUUCAUUCGUGUUAGUUUAGUUUUUCAUUGUUUGCCUUUGUUGUGAAAAGAGAAAUGGUUUGAAGACACUUCUACAGAAUCUUUUGUUUUCUGCUCAAUAUUGCCAUUAGAUCACAUCGAAAGGAGCCCAGAACUAUUUUCUUUUUUGGCUUCUUCACAUCCAAUUGAACCACAUGUUGCUAUAACAGAGCAUGUGAUACCUUUACACUUCAGAAUUUAAAAAAAAAAAAUUCUGGUGAAUGAGCAUUGUAUGAGUAGGUCUUUGAUCCAGAAGGUUAUUCUAGGAGUUGCUGUCGCGUUUAGGAUUGUUGGUUCAGAUUGUUUCCUGGAAUGUGUGAUUAAGUCCACUCUGAUGUGAUGAUAUUCUUGUUCACAAAAGUCCAUAGACUUCCCUGUACUUUGCUGGCUACAUUUUACAAGUUUUCUGAAUAAUUGCUGGAAGUUCUUAGUUGAGUUUUGUCACCCCCGUAGGAUCAAAACUGUCAGGCAAGUUGUGAUUCUUCUUUCAUGCCUCUUGUUCAAAUUUUUCUUGAAAAUAAAUCUUUACAGAAGAAUUGGAAGUGUGUUCUUGCAUGAUGAAAUAAAAUCUGUCCAGUUUAUAAUCUUGAGGCAUGCUUUUACAUGUACUUGAAUAACUAUGACUAUGGCUUUUCACUGCUUUGAGAAUUUGGUUCCUUUCUUGUGGUUGUCUGUGAUAUCUCCAGUAUUUUCCAUUAGACUUAUAACAUGACUCAAUUUGUGUAUUUCUUGAUUGGUGAAGUCCUUCUCAUUAUGUGACAGUGUAACUCCAGGCCAAAAAAGGUUCCUGUAAUUACAAGAAAAUUUGUUUUGUCUGCUGAUUAGGUGAAUGGGUUUUACAAUAGUCAAUUUGCAACAUAAUUCUUGUAGUUCAAAAUCAAUUCUUGUGGAGGUGGGAAUUUCCCUUUAAAUUGUGAUGAUAACAUACUUUCCAUUCUAAAUUUCGUCCUUUGCCUAGUUGAAAAAGUGCUCUUGUUUUCUCUCUAAAUUCUUAUUGUACUCUUCUAAACUGACUCUAAUUUUUUUAUCUUGGUCACUUCAUAACCAUUACCUGUAUCAAACCAAAUGAUUUUGCUUAGGCAUGUGCAUAAGACAUUGUAGUUGUUCAUGAGAUUGCCAAGUAAGAAGUAAGUCUCAGUCAGAGACAUCUUUCAACGUUUCAACUAAAAUUUGAUUGAGAUUUCAUUAUUUUAUGUACACAUUAUAUUUUUCAUAUUACACAACUUAUCAAAAAACUUAAACCCUUGUACAUAUCUGAGAACAAAUUUAUAUUUUGUACCCGUACUGAAUUAAGUGUUAAAAGAGGAUCUUAACUAAUUUCCUCUGUUAAAGUAUUAUCGACGACAGUAUUAUCAUUGUAUCAUCAGUGUCCCAAAGGGUUAUGUGCUUAAUGUAUGUGAAAGCAUUUAUGCAGUUUAUUUCUCUGUACAGUUUCUACCAUAUGGCUGGUUGUUGAAGUAUCCCGUAACAAAUGGGCAUCAUGUGUGUAUAAGUCAACUGAAGGAUUUUCUAAGCAGUCUUUCCUUGUAUCUGUUUUAAGUUUUAUUCUGAAUUGUAUUUGAUCAAUUUUCUCAAAUUUCCAUUUAUCACAUGUGUGGUGUUGUCACUGCUUGUUUGUUGCAGCGAAGAUUAUGCACACUUUUAAUGGAUGUUAAUUAUUAUUAUGAAUUCUUUCAAAUUUGGUUGUCUUGUCUUCUACUUGCUAUUUGAAAGAUUUCGUCCCUUGACAACUUCUACUUCUUCAGGCUGUUUUCACGUGUGCUUUGAAUCUUAUUUCACUUGAUCGCUUUUGGCCCUCAACUAUUAUUGGAAGAUUUGUCUGUUCCGACCCAGUUAUUGCAUCCUUGUCUAAGCAGAAUGUCAUGAGAGACUUCUUACUUCUUAAUAACCAAAUUGAAAACAUGAGGUCUCAUCUUGUGAGUUUAAGACCAGGGUUGUGAACCCUGUGUGUCUUAUUUGAUGGAUUGUAGAAUUUACACUAGUGUGGAAGUUAACUUGUGAGUUAGAAUGUGAUUGGUGUCUCUUCUAGGGUAGAAUGUGGGCUGUAGCACAUUGACUGUUUUUGACUGCAUGAGUGAUUUUUGGCAGCUAUGAAAUACAAAUCACCAGUCUCAGAA